UUCUCUUGUUUUAAUCUUUUUUGGCCCAAGCCUAUUCCUAUAAAUCUUUCCUUUUUCCUUUUUCGUGUGUAUCUAAAGAUCUGUGGACGGUACCUAACAUCCCAAGGUAAAAAAACAAACCUAGCCGCCGUCACAAACGAACGCAGAGAAAAAAGAAGCGUCGCCUAGCACCACCGCGCCUCCGCCGCCCUCCGUGAAACCGUUAUCUAGAAGCAAAACAAAGGGGAUUUUUCAGAAUGGCGUAUGAACAAAAAAUUAAGAUUGGAGCGGCAAAGACUAAGAUGGUGUGGACACUUGGAGCAGCGUCUAGAUCAGUUGUGAUGAUAGAGAAGCUUCUCGAAGCUGGUAUGAACAUAGCCCGAUUCGAUUUCUCUGAGGGGUCUCACGCACACCACCAAGAAACUAUCAUUAAUCUCAGAACCGCCAUACGGAACACUGGUAUCCUCUGCGCCGUCAUGCUCGACACAAAGGGUCCUGAGAUACGAACUGGAGAAGGAGAGACUAUUAAUCUCCCCACGCUUACACGGAAAGAUAAAGUUGAUAUUGUUCAAUGGGGGAUUCCGAAUAGGAUCGACAUCAUUAUUCUGUCCUCUGUUCACAAAGGGUCUGAUCUAGACCAAGUCAGGAACUUGCUUGGUAUGCACGCAAACAACAUCAUGCUUAUGUCAAAGAUUGACAACGAAGAAGCAGCUGCUAAUGUGGAUGAGAUUAUGGAGAAAACUGAUGCAGUCUUGUUGGCUAGAGGCAGUCCGGGAGUGGAUCAGAAAAAGAUGAUCGACAAGGCUAGUGCACUCGGGAUACCGAUCGUGACAGCCGUACAGAUUCUUGGGGGCCAAACCACCGACGACGACCUCCCCAACGCUGUCCUCGAUUGCACCACCGAUUGCGUCAUGCUCCUAGCCGACGAAGAAGAAGCUCACCCUGACACCGCCUUGCAAAGAAUUUCAAGCCUCUGCAAAGAGUUGGAGAGUUCCAUCGAUUACAAAGCUGUGCAGCAAAAAAUAAGGAAAGCUCUUCCGAGACCGUUACAACCCAUCACGGCGAGGAAAGCCGCUUACGCCUGUUGGAAGUACCCCAAAGCAAAGGCUAUCAUUAUCACUGCCAAGGCUGCGGUAAAUCUUGUGGCCAGGUGCAGGCCGAGCGUUCCUGUUCUCUUGGUUGUUUCGAUGUCGGAGUCCUUCAAAUGGUGGUCUCAUGUGGCCAGUCAUGGCUUGGUGUCCCGUGGGAUCAUUCCGCUGAUGGGGGCGGAAUCGAAAACGAUUGAGGACAUGAUUAGUUUCGGUGUCCAAGUCGCAAAGAAAGAGGGAAUCUGUAAUGCUGGAGAUUUAGUGGUGGCGCUCCGCGUCCUCAAUGGCUGUCCUGUCCUCCAGCCUCUGCAUGUUUAGUAGGCGCUUUUCAUGAACGAUGUGCAACUUUCAAGUUUACUAGUUUAAUCUCGGUGUUUGAAUAACUGAUACUUCAGACGUGUUGGACGCAUGUCUGUCUUAUCCAUCGUUAUGUACUAUGACAAUCUUACUUAUAAAUUAUAAAAAGUAUGAUGUACUUGUGCUAUUA